UCUGGAGUGGAGAUGUGGAGUGUCCUUCUGUCUCUCUGUCUGUUUCUCCAGCCGAAUUCAGCUGAGGAAGUGAUGCUGCUGGACACAACAGAGUCUACCUCAGAGCUGGGCUGGACCAUCUACCCAGACACAGGGUGGGAUGAGGUCAGUGUCCUGGAUGACCAGGGGAAGCUCAUACGAACCUUUGAGGUCUGUAAUGUCAACCAAAAUCCUCAUCUGCAGGACAACUGGUUGGCUACUCCUUUCCUGUACCGCCACUCUGCACCACGGGUGUUUGUCACAUUGCGCUUCUCGGUGCGCGACUGCGCCAGCCUGCGCUCACCAUCACCCACCUGCCGAGAGACACUCACCCUGUACUAUAAACAGGCUGACUCCCAGAGGGAGCUGGAGAGGACCUGGGCAGCUGAGCCAUCCAGUGGUGAGAAGGAGACCAGGGAGGGCUGGGUGAAGAUCGACACAAUUGCAGCUGAUAAGAGUUUUUCCAAGGUGGAGCCCAGCUCACCUCACAAGUACCAACCCAACAGAUACAGUCAAAUUAACAUCAAGACACGCAGUUUUGCACCUCUCACACGCAACGGAUUUGUCCUGGCUAUCGUUGACAGCGGAGCUUGUGUUUCCCUAAUGGGUGUGUCUAUAUUCUACCGGCGCUGUGCAGUCACCAGCCUCAAUUUGGCAUCCUACCCUGCAACUCCCUCAGGGGCAGAGCCAGCUGCCUUAGUGCCUGUGAGCGGGACAUGUGUUCCCCACAGUAAAGCACAGGGAGGCAUGCCCCCUCGCAUGCACUGCAAUGCUGAAGGGGAGUGGAUGGUCCCUGUAGGAGGAUGUGUCUGUGAUGAAGGCUAUGAACCAAAUCGCAAUGGAUCUGCCUGCCUGGCCUGCCCUGUGGGCUACUUCAAAUCUGUUUUGGGCUCUGUUCCCUGCUCGAUGUGUCCUCCCAACAGCAGAACCAGCCAGGAGGGUUCGAGUGUGUGUGAAUGUCGCAGCGGCUUUUACCGGGCGGCCAGUGAUGCCAACUCUUCUGCCUGCACAACUCCUCCCUCUGCUCCUGUUUCCCUGACCUGGGAGUAUGACAGCAGCGAUGGCGGGGUUUCCUUAAGGUGGCGCGCUCCAGUGGACAUGGGAGGCCGCAGUGAGGUGUGGUAUGGGGUGGUGUGUCGCAUCUGCCCCUCAGCCACCUUUACUAACCCGGCGUCAUGUUCCUGGUGUGGGGAGGGCGUCACCUUCAGCCCCUCCCAGACAAACCUAAAACAAACCAAGGUCACCCUCAACAAUCUGCUGACCAGAGUCACAUAUCUCAUACAGGUGCAAGCCAUGAAUGAGGUGUCAGCUUUGAGUCCUUUUUCAGCUCGAUACACAAGCAUCAAUUUCACUACAAGCCAGUCAGUUCCCAGCACAGUUCCUAUGAUGCAUCAGCUGCGCCGUGCCCCAGACUCCAUCACUCUCUCGUGGCCUCAGCCGGACAGACCCAAUGGAGACAUACUGGAGUACCAGCUCAGAUAUUAUGACAAGGGUUCAGAUGUGGACAGUGCAGUGAGCGUGUACAGCGAGACCAACACAGUGACCGUCCACUCUCUGAUUCCUGGCUCCAUCUACGCCUUCCAGAUCAGAGCUCGAAAUGAACGAGGCUACGGACCCUACAGCCACACCAUCUACUUCACCACACUGCCUCUGGAGGAACAUUCACAGCAGAUCCAGAAUGGACUUCCUCUGCUGGUGGGGUCGGUGAUGGGUGGGGCGGCAUUUCUCCUUGUUGUGACAGCAAUUGUGGUUGUGGUUGUAUUUCGGAGUAAGAGAAGGGAGAGUCCGUACAGUGACAGGCUCCAAAGAUACAUUAGUAACCGAGGUGGAAUCAAGUAUUAUGUGGACCCAUCUACUUAUGAGGACCCCAGCGAGGCGGUCAAAGAGUUUGCCCGUGAGAUAGACCCCACUCACCUCAAGAUAGAGGAGGUGAUCGGUGCAGCCCAGUUUGGCGAAGUUUCUCGGGGCCGUUAUCGGCCACUGGGUCGCAGGGAGGUGCUGGUAGUGGUGAAGACUCUACGAUGGGGGGCAUCUGACAGAGAGAGAGCGAUGUUCCUCAGUGAAGCAGGGGUCAUGGGACAGUUUGAUCACCCCAACGUGCUGAAGCUGGAAGGUGUGGUCACUCGCAGUCUCCCAGCGAGGAUCAUCACUGAGUUCAUGGAGAAUGGGCCCCUGGACACAUUCCUCAGGGAGAACAAGGGCCAGUUCAGCAUCCUCCAGCUUGUUGGGAUGCUCCGGGGAGUUGGUGCAGGGAUGUGUUACCUCUCUGAGAGAAACUUUGUCCACCGGGACUUGGCGGCCAGAAAUGUGCUGGUCAACUCCAACCUGGUCUGCAAGGUGUCUGACUUUGGCCUGUCCCGACUCAUGAGGGGCCUGGACCACAACAUACCUACAUAUACUGCCUCACUGGGCACUAAGAUUCCUGUGAGGUGGACGGCACCAGAAACUUUUCAGCAUCGCAAGUUCAGCUCAGCUAGUGAUGUCUGGAGCUUUGGCAUACUGAUGUGGGAAGUGAUGUCAUAUGGAGAGCGUCCCUACUGGGAUAUGAGCAAUCAAGAAGUAAUUAAAGCAGUAGCAGACCAGUAUCGUCUCCCUGCCCCCCACAACUGCCCCCCUGCCCUCCACUCUCUGAUGCUUCAGUGCUGGCAGGCUGAUCGAGGGGCACGGCCAGCCUUCGACUCACUCCUGUCCUCUUUGGAUCGACUCAUCAGGAACCCUGCAUCCCUCAAAAUGGAGCCAACUCGAAGCUGCUCUCUGCCGCUCCUCAGCCCUACCCCCACAGACUUAACGUCAGUGUCAACAGUCAGCGAUUGGCUAAAGGCGCUGAGGAUGGAGAGAUAUCAGGAUGAGUUUGAUGGAGCACACCUGGACACAUUAGACAGAGUCAGCAGGCUCACCAUGGACGAUGUCCAAAAUCUCGGGGUGAACCUGCUUGGACACCAGAGGAAGAUUGUCAGCGCGGCCCAGCAGCUCAGGGCCUAUCUGACGAAAGGGCAGGUGGAAGUGUGAAAUCCACCUACAGUACAACCUGUGCCAUGAAUUUUUAUGGUUUUCACAUUCCUCUGCUUGUUGCAUCUGGUUUCUGCAACACUUUUAUGUCAUGGAGCACAUUUAAAGCAAAAAGAAAAAAUUGUAUCAACUUAAGGUGCCAUUGUGCGUACUGAUAAACCCACCACAACAAUGAGAAGGGAUGAAAAAAGAGGAUCUGCCAGUGACUCAGUGCACUAUGGGAGCUGCAGUCCAGGUAAAAGUGAAGUUAGGGAGAUACUGAGGAGAGGGACUUCAAAGAUUUCUCAAUGUUUUUUACAUUUUUUGGGUACUAGAUUUCACUUUACUGUUGACUGCCUUCUUCUCUCCUCACUCAUCUCUCUCACGUUACCUCUCACCUUCUCUUCCACUUCUGGCCCUCCCCGCCCCCAGACCUCUUGGUUUCUUCACCCUCAGUGAGUACAACGAAACUAUACAAAUAUGUUUUGUUAAAUAAAAUACAUAUUCAGCUUUCCCCUCACAAAGAAUUGCGUGCAGACAAUCAAAGCAUUUUCUAAUAUAUUUUGACUUCUUUUUUCAGAUCCUAUCACUUCCUCUCUGUUUAAAAUGCAAAUGCUAAAAACUCUUAAACGUUAAAAAGUAAACGGUUUACUACCUAGACAUUUAUGGUAUUGCUAUUAGCUUUCAAAUAAAUGUAUAUUUUGUCCAGUUUUUCAGCAAAAUGUUAAUAAACCCAGAAGUUCAAAGGCAGUAUCAUAAGCCCUGAGGUUAGAUAAUGAAUCACUGCCAUGAAACUAGGAAAACAAAAACUUAAGAGAAAACUUAUUUCAAAGCUGCAUUUUCCCAGUUUGAAAGACACAUCUAGGAUGUGAGAACAGCCCCGUUUGUGUGUCACGCCUGUCAGUGACAGCAGAGCUCAUAAAUUGUAAAACUGCAAAACACUGAAAACACAAACAUUCAUCUGUGAUGAAGACAGAAUGGAACAGCACCCACCUUUAUGUGGAUGUUUCACACUUCACAUCUUUUAGUUGUUUGCUGGAGUAAAAAUACUGACACUGUCACUAAAGCAUUUUGAAUGUGUGAAAUGGGAAAGAUGGAAGAAAAUCUGAUACACUUGAUUUACACUUGAAGAAAGAAGGCACAACAUGUUGUAAGUAUGUACCUGUUGUCUGAAACAUGAGGGGGGGCAGUAUGUAUGUGAGUGUCUACUUGAGUGUUUACCACUAUUC